UUUUACGGUUAUGUAUCUCAAUUUUGGUUGAAUGUGUUCAUGGGUCAUUUAAAUCUCGGGGAAAGAACUAUCAAAGGCUGCCUUGAAGCUUAUUCUUGCAAACAUGCGGGAACUGAUAAAAGAUUGUCUCUUAAUUUGGAGAAUGAGAUGCUCGACUAUCUUGAGAAAUCUUCCGACAGUGACUCUUCUUCACCCGUUGAUCUUUUGCUAAGCAGAUCUAGUCGAAAGGCUUUGAUCUACUUGGUUCUCACACUCUAUCAGAUGUAUCCAGACUACGACUUCAGCGCUGUGAAAGCACAUCAGUUUUUCUCGGAGGAAAGCUGGGACACGUUUACUCAGAUUUUUAGCAACUACAUGUUUGAAGCUUCUAAGGUUGUAAAGCUAGCUGAAUGUGAGAUAUAUGUGUACAACCCUAAUCCUAAUGCUGAUCCUUUCCUCGAAGAAGGAGCAAUUAACCUGGCAUACGAUGCAUUUCUCAGUGACACACCUCCGCACGGAGAAGAUGAUGAAGAGAUCUUUGAGGACAUGGAUAUGUGAUGAUCUCUCUAUCUUCAUGCCGAGGUGCACAGAGUGUAGAAACUCUGUUAUAUCAUCAGUGUUAGAUGUUAUGCUCUUUAGUGUUUAGACAUGUGAAUCCAAGGUUUAAGCUCUUCGCUUUCCUUUUCUAUGCGUAAGUUAAACCUAACUAUAACUCUUUACCAUGUCAUGUGUAAUAAGCUUAUCAGACUUUCUUGUAAUCUGAGGAUUCCUAAAUGAAGAGACAAAAAGUUGAGA